AUGAAGAUCCCGGCUGAGGUUCUGUCACAGCUAAAGCACAUCAGGGCUGAUGAUGACGAGAUUCGAAAUAUCAGGAUUGAGAACUGUGUUGGGUUUACUCGCGUCCCCGUUGGCAUUGCCGGUCCCCUCCGCGUCAGAGGAAGCGCCGAUACGGAUGGGCUAUUCUAUGCCCCUUUGGCUACCUCCGAAGGGACACUGGUAGCUAGUUGUGCCCGCGGAUGUAAGACUUUUAACCUCUGUGGAGGAGUUCAGUUCAAAGUUCUUCAUGAGGCUAUGUCUCGCGACCCCGUGUUCUGGUUCACGAAUACCGCGGAUGCGGUUCGUUUCGCUGAAUUGAUCCCCGACCUGCAGUCCCAGUUCAAACGAGACGCUGAGUCGACAAGCAAGUACUUGAAAUUUCAACGUGCAGUGCCCAAUAUUGUGGGUUCCACUGUUCAUGUUAUUUUUGAGUAUUAUUGCGGCGACGCGGCGGGCCAAAAUAUGGCCACCGUUGCUACCCAGGCAGCUUGCGAUAAGUUCUGGGCUUCGUCUCUCGCGAAGGCACUGAAUCUCCAAAAUAUCACAAUCGUCGGCCAAACAGGAAGUGAUAAGAACCUCUCAUCGGGAAACAUGAUGCGAACUCGCGGUGUCAAGGUCCUAGCAUGGGGAACUAUCUCGGAUUCAGCGUGCCGAAAAGUCCUUGGAUGCGGUUCUGACCACUUGUACCGCGUGCUCCUCAAUGGCAAGGAGGGGGCGCAUAGGAACGGUCAAGUGGGAUAUUGCGUGAACAUGAGCAAUGUCAUUGCUGCUAUGUUCAUUGCCUGCGGUCAAGAUGCUGCAAGUGUCGCAGAAGCUGCCGGGAACCAUCUGACUGUGGAGUACGAUUCAGAUACGAAGGAGUUGAAGCUCACAUGUCUGUUCCCGUCCCUCCCUGUUGGCACUAUCGGUGGUGGUACAACGUAUCCAACACAGAAAGAAGCUCUGGAGCUCCUUCGCUGCACUGGUCCUGGCAGCAAGCAUCGCCUUGCCGGGCUGAUAGCAUCUUUCUCACUCGCGCUAGAUCUUAGCAGUGCAGCUGCAGUAGCAUGCGGGGAGUUCUCCAGGAGUCAUCAGAAAUACGGAAGAAGCCAAAGAGACGCUACUCAAUCCAUGCUGUGA